AGUUAUCAGCCUCCCCAUUCCAGCUUCCCCUUCCCCAACCUCCAAACAAUGCCGACGGAAAAAGUGGCCUCCGCCGCCACCACCCGGCACCCCACCCCUGCUACUUGGACGUCGUGGUGCGACUCAUGCCAUUCUAUCCCAUCCUCCGUCUACUGCCGCGCAGACGCCGCCUAUCUCUGCACCAACUGCGACUCCUCCAUCCACUCCGCCAACUCACUCGCUCGACGCCACCACCGCGUUCCACUCCUCCCCAUCCCCGCCGGCGGCCUCAUCGUCGGCGGAAUUUCUGUGGCACUCCCAAAGGAAGAAGAAGACGAAGAAGAUCCUGAAGAAGAUCAAGAUGGCUUCUUGAUUGGAGGUGAGGUGGAUGAGUAUUUCGAUCUAGUGGAGUUCAGUACUUCCUGUGAGGAAGAAGGAAAAGAAAAAUAUGACUGUAGGGAAGAAGAAGAGAAGCAGAUGUUGCAGAGUAGUUUUAAUGUGGGUGAAGGAUUCAAAGGAGGGAUAGAUUACUCUGCUUUUCUUCCUCAUACGGAAUCUCUAUCAUCAAUCGAAGGAACAGUGGUACCAGAAAACUCCAUGAUUAGUAUCUCAAGUUCUCAAUUCAGAACUUCAAAAGAGACAAUUGAGCUCUUUUCAGGUCCCCCAAUUCAAGUGCCACAACAGUUCAGUCCCAUGGACAGGGAGGCCAGAGUUCUCAGAUACAGGGAGAAGAGAAAGACAAGAAAAUUUCAGAAAAUUAUCAGAUAUGCAUCGAGGAAGGCCUACGCCGAGACGAGGCCUCGGAUCAAGGGCCGGUUCGCCAAGAGAACAGAUGCAGAGCUUGAAGUUGAUCAGAUGUUUGCUGCACCUGUAAUGGUUGAAGCAGGCUAUGGUGUUGUUCAUUCUUACUAGUUUAUUACAAGGAAUAUCUCAUAUCUCCUUCUGUGAUAAGUGUAAUAUGUUAAAUGAAUCUCUCUCUCUUUUGUAAGUAUUCUCAUGUUUGCAAAUCAUGUUCAACCAUUGCAUGUUUUGUUCCUUGUGCUUUGUUCUAUGAUAAUGAACUCUUCUUUAGCUUUA